CUGACGUUGACACGAUUUCAUUGACGUCUUUUGAACUGUUCCAAAACAAGCAAAAUUUCAUAUUUUUGUUUAUUUUCUAUUUGUUCACAAAUCGUAUACAAAAAUGCCAAAAAUGCCUAUAACGUGUUUUCGAUGUGGGAAAUGUUACUCAACUCAAUAUAAUUUGAACAGACAUUUAAAAAUGUUUCACGGCAUGAACGACACUGAAUUCGUUUGUGUUAAGUGUAAAUUUUUCUACAAAUACAGUGAGGUUUUGAGGCAGCACCUGAAGACCGUUCAUAAUUUCGAAAAUAUGAUGGAAGAAUGGACCUUUGAAAAUUAUGACGCUUUUGAUAUGUGGUUGAUUCAAGAACAAAAAACUAAUAAUGUUCGCUACCUACUAACAACUAUUAGGAAAGCAGCUACUAAAGGGAUUGAGAAACACUAUUUCGAAUGCCAAGGUUUUUCAAAGAAAAAACCACAUCCACAUGAUAAAACAAAAAUAAAAAGUGCAUGUGCAAGCCAAAUAAUACUCAAAAAAUAUACAGCAACUGAUGAAUGUUUGGUUACCUAUUAUAGAUCCCAUUAUUCACAUGAACCUGUAGAAAUCUCAGAGAAAGAAAAUGCAUCCAAACCAAGUAACAUGAUAAAUACAACUGAAAAUCAAGAUCCGCAGUCUGAAAAUAAAUCCAUUCCAAUAACAUUAGACGAAUUAAAAAGUCUGAAAAAUGAUGAUGUUGAUGAAACAAGCAAACAAGCUAUGUAUUUGCUUAGUAAGACUCAAGUACAAACUACACAUGAUUCUGAGACUUCUUUGGAAGAUAAACUAGAUACAGAGUCUCCUAUAGAAGAAACACUAGAUACAGAGACUCCUAUAGAAGAUACACUAGAUACAGAGACUCCUAUGGAAGAUACACUAGAUACAGAGACUCCUAGUCCUAUGGAAGAUACAGAAACUUCUAUGGAAGAUAAAGACCGCAUAAAAGAAUUAAGACAUGAAAUUAAUCUUGGUCUUAUGCAGAUUAUCCAUAAUGUUGAAAAUAAUGAUUUGAGUAGGGAACAACUUGAACAUAUUUUAGAUCACUUGACCGAGUGCGUUGAUUUUACAAAAACAUGAUUUUUCAUUAGGUUUCAACUCAAGUGUGGCUGUUAUGAGCAGAAGUCUUUAUUUUGGGUGUGCAGUCUGCAUGUUUUAUUUAUUUGGAGGUGAAUUUAUUGUUUUUCAGUAUGUGACUGCUCCAUAUAAUACAAUUUCUAGACUUUGUUCUGAAAUAAACACCUUGUUUGAGCUAUUCUUUCUA